GGUUUGUUGACGGAGGACGUGGGCUUGCUUGCGCAAAAUGAGACUCAAGAGGUUUCUUCUCAGAUAUUACCCACCAGGUAUAAUCCUGGAGUAUGAUAAAGCAGGGCUUUUGAGGACCAAAUCAAUUGACCUUUUGGAUUUGACAAUACAAACCAACCCAGAUGACUUAUUGAAAGAGAUCAUGCAAUCAGAGCCUCUGAUCACACAAUCCCGGGCUGAGCAAGUAAAAAAGCUCAUUAUUCGACUUCAACAGAAACAGAACCAGGAGGACCACAACAGUUUCACUUUUUCCAAGGAGCUGAAGGCACACAUACUACCUCUGACUAAUGUUGCAUUUGACAAAUCAGGGUCAAGGUUUCUAACCGGGAGCUACGACAGAACGUGUCGUAUUUGGGACACCGCCUCGGGCACUGAGCUGCACACUCUGGAGGGUCACAGAAAUGUAGUGUAUGCCAUCGCAUUCAACAACCCCUUUGGAGACAAGAUUGCCACUGGUUCUUUUGAUAAAACCUGUAAAUUAUGGUGUGCUGAGACGGGCAAAUGCUUCUAUACAUUUCGAGGUCACAUGGCGGAAAUAGUGUGUCUGGCAUUCAACCCUCAGAGUACACUCGUGGCCACAGGCAGCAUGGAUGCUACCGCCAAGUUGUGGGAAGUGGCGACAGGGUGGGAGGUGGCCACUCUCACUGGUCACACUGCAGAGGUCCUCUCCUUGUGCUUUAACUCUGUCGGCCUUCAGCUUGUGACUGGCUCCUUUGACCACACCGUUAUUAUUUGGGAUGUUGCUUCCGGAAGAUGUGUCUACACAUUGAUAGGCCACCAGGCAGAGAUCAGCAAUGUGCAGUUUAACUGGGAUUGCUCACUCAUAGUCACGGGCUCCAUGGAUAAAACAGGCAAGGUUUGGGAUGCAAGCAGUGGAAAAUGUGUAGCCACCCUUGUUGGACACAAAGAGGAGGUGCUGGAUGUUUGUUUUGAUUUACGGGGUCAACUCAUUGCUACAGCCUCUGCUGAUGGCACAGCCAGAGUGUUCAAUGCGACCACAUACCAGUGUCUGACAACUUUGGAAGGCCAUGAGGGAGAGAUCUCCAAGAUCUGCUUCAGUCCUCAGGGCAGCAGGGUUCUGACUGCCAGUUCCGACAAGACAGCUCGCUUAUGGGAUGCCCAGUCCGGAGUCUGCCUUCAGGUCCUCCAGGGCCACACCGACGAGAUCUUCUCCUGUGCCUUCAACUACGAAGGUGACACCAUUAUCACAGGCAGCAAGGAUAACACGUGCCGGAUCUGGUGCUGACCGACCCCCCCCUUCUUCACCCCCGGGAGCCAGUAUACGUCCACAUGUCACUACACUCCAAUUGGUGGUUGACAGCUUCAUACGAAGAUGAGCAGCUCAAUGACGUGCGUUGUUGACAGUAGCUGCGUGACAUUGAAAUGUUAAUUUAAGUGAGUGCCACUCGUUUUUAGUCUUGUGAUCUUCCAAUUGCAAGACUUGAUGUAAAUCCCCAGCUUGGCAUUUUCAAUCAAAGGAUGACACACUUGAGCUCAAGGUCAUCUUGUUGUUUCGCCCCCCUGCUAUGCGAGAGUAAUUUCCUCCAAGAUUUUGCUUUUCUCAUGCGGUGCAGAGAUAUCGGCUUGAAAUAGAGGUCAAUGCAUUUCCACCAUUGAGUGUCUCAAAUUCAUAAGUCUCAGGGAGAGCAUAAAAUGAUUUGUAAUUUGUUUUGUGUCACCUGGGAGUACAAUUGCGACUUCGAAUUGCAGUGUUACUGAUUGCUGCUUUGUUUGAUGUCUCUCCACUUUGCCAUGCCUUUUCCAAGACUUUUUCCAAGUCAUUUUCAUUGGGGUUAUUUGAGGACAUACAUAUAUUUUGUGCUACUUUGCAGUAAUGUUUGAAGUUGAAGUAGUUAGUGUUCCUGUGAAUAACACAACUUUCUUGUACUAACUCAAAAGUCAAAUGCUUCUGAAGACUUGCAGUGUGGAUUCCAAACAAAUAUUUCUGGAAAAAUACGGUCUCCAAAAAUGUGAAAGUCAAGCCGAAUAAUUACACCUAAGCAGCCAAUGAAAUUUAAAGACUGUGAGACUUGUACUCAGUGAGCAGCUAAAAUUUUAAAUGUUUAUUUGUUGCUGGUGAUAAGUAAAGAAAAAUAUUAAGAUGACAAUUAUGGAUAAUUGCAAGCUAGGAGAGAGGUUUAAAUAUCUGUCCAAGCUGCUCAUUACAGUACAGUAUGGCAACAGCAACAAUAAAUUGACAUCAUUCAUCGAAGAAAAAACAUAUAGCGCAGUCUAUUGUGUUGGAUUUGUAAAAGGUGUGAACAAAGAGACCUGCCUCACAGCCACACACAAAAAUUUCCCUCAACCUGUUUUGUCAGCACCGAUAAUUUUCUGGACUAUAAACCGCACCUGAAUAUAAGACUAUAAGGCGCAGGUGUUUUAAUGUUUCAUUUCUAUAUAUAAGAGAAUAUGCACAAAUCCUACAAUAUCAUAAAAAUCAUGGAAAAUUCGUAGAUAAGCUUGUGCAAAAAGUAGUGGUUUAUAGUCCGGAAAAUACGGUAUAUCAUUUGUUGGUUACUGUGUAGGGGUUGACUCAUUUAUACUCUUUUUGACAGUUUACAGCUUUGUUUCACAUCUUGAAUUGGUGAGUAAUUGAAUUUUCUUUUAGUCACCUCUUAUUGCCACAAGAGAUUUCACACCACAGGGAUUUUUAUUGAUGUCAAAAGAUAAAUACAUUCAUUCACUUAUAUCAUGACAUUUUACAGCUCAAAUGUGUGCUUCUGUUAACACAAGAGUACCACACAGAAGUGAAAUAAACACA